AUGAUUGACGACGGUGCAGCUAUCAGCAGUGAAGGCAUAGCCCCCUUCUCAUUGGACCAACUCCUAGGAUCCAGGGCAGGAGAUGAAGGGAAUGAUCACGAUGACAUGAGCGUCAAACUGGAGGAGAUUCUCGAGAAGAGACGGGACGCUGCCUCAUUGAAAAGCUUCAGUAACGAGAAGAAGGAUGAUAAAGACAGGCAUGAGGAAUAUCUGAUGGAGCAACAGGAACAAGCGGGUAUAUUGGCUCUGGUGCAAGAUCACACCAGAAAAACGCGUCGUCGUGGUUCCAUUCGAAGCCAGUCGAUCGAUCGUCAAAGCUUAUGUGUCAGCGGUCGAUGUGAGAGGACCAGAGGAACAAGCAAGGACGGCUUAGCUGCACGAAAUCUACGUAGCCUUGACUCUUAUGUUGAGAAAACCAAGAACAACCGUCGGGUCACUCGGGAUGACAUAAGCAUCGGAACCAGCACGAGUGGGUCCAGCGGUGGGUUCUACGGCAGAAAGUUCAACCCCUACAGCCUCUACUGCUCCCAAAAACACAAUGACCAUGCGUCUCAGUCGACGUGCUACCGCAGUGUCCAUCGCAGUCACUCUGACCACAGCCUGCGACAGUGGAUUGAACAACCCCUACAGCAAGCCAAGGAGGCCGACUCAAACAGGAGUAUUCGUGGUCGCCGAACCAGACGUUACAGCUUAAGGAACAAGUCCAGUCACCAAUCCCUAGACGGAAGCAGCAGUAUCCAUCGCAGUCACUCUGACCACAGCCUGCAACAGUGGAUUGAACAACCCCUACAACAAGCCAAUGAGGCCGACUUACUAAGCAGGAGUAGGCGUGGUCGCAGCACCAGUCGUCACAGGGCAACGAACAAGUCCAGUCACCAAUCCCUAGACGGAGCAGCAGUAUCCAUCGCAGUCACUCUGACCACAGCCUGCGACAGUGGAUUGAACAACCCCUACAGCAAGCCAAGGAGGCCGACUCAAAUAGGAGUAUUCGUGGUCGUCGAACCAGACGUUACAGCUUAA